CUGCUCUUUCGCUUGCCUCAAGCUACAGGCCCAGGCUUGGACAGUGACUGUCAGUCCUUUCAUUGCGUGGAAUUGUCGCUCACUACGUGUCAUCGACGACGUCCAGUCCAAAAUCAACUCCUCUCUACUGCUAUUGCGGCCGCCUCGAGCGAACAAUCUGCUGCUGCAACCGGUGUCACUAGCACCAGUGCCUUCCAGGCGGUUAACCGCAUCGUCAAGCGCAGCCCAGUACCCUCUUGUGCUUCUUUUUCCACUGACAUGCGACUGCUCGUCGUGGGAUUCGAGAACGGCACCGUUCAGGUACUGCAGAUGAACUGUCCCAAGGACCCACUCCGCGGUUUCAAGCCUUACCGAAACUUCUCAGUUUCCUCGAAAAACAGUUUUUCUGAAGGUGGCAGUGGCGAUUUAAGUAAAAGCAGCGGCCGAUCGGACGUAGCUAACCGCGACUUGCCCCUUGAUAUCGUCUCCACAGCUGUAAAGAUAAUCCACCUCUCUCUGUGGACGCCCCCGACUGACUUUGAGGAUUCAGAUCUCGAAUUCGUAGUUGCUGUCGCCACUGCUGGCGGUACUGUGCAUGAGGUCUGGGAAAUUUCCCUUACGGUUUGA